CCGUAAGUCGCGUCUGGGAGAGGAGGGAGAGAGGGCUUCCCCGAAUGGAUUGACACAAGAAGGAUUUACGCUUUAAAUUGUGUUUUAUUCAGUAUGGCUAUAUACGUGUUGAUAAAAACAGUAUUGGUAGAUUGUGUCAAUGUAUCAGCGUUGUAAAGAAGAGCUACUAACCAGCCAUAUUUUCCGAGUGAAACCAAUACAAUGAUCGUCAGUGUCUAUCAGGAGUGGAAUAUUAUUAGCAAUUCAGACAGUGCAACUGUCUCUCUGGUCCUUGCACAGGUUUUCAACAUGGUGGGUAAAUAAAUCAACAUAUGAGUGUCAGUGUAAGCCAGUAAUCCACUCUCAAAAAAAUUAAGGAAGAGAGAAAAAAAAGUUGAAGUUGUAGCACAGCUGAGAACAACCAUUCACCUGGUUCCCAUGCCGACUGCCCCAUCUCUGCCCUCUCACAUCCUCCACUAUGCCUCCUACUCCCAAACCCCCUAAGAGACAACCCCCACCACAGACAAGGAAUGGCUGCAAGGUGAUACCCACAACAACAACCACCACCACCACCGCCAAGAGGCAGAUCCCCAACUCCAGCAAGUUUAGAGGAAAAGCCUUUGAGAGCCCACAGUCGACACCGAAACCACCCCGAAGAUCCACAACCAGGACCCAGGCCCAGCCGGCCAGAAGCCCAGGGAGGAGUGGGGUUGGCAGGCUUGGCAGUCAGGUCCCGGGGGGGUCCCCUGGUAGGGUUAACCAUGCUCCUGUGCAUGUAACAGGAUCAGUGAGGCUAAGGAGCCGGGGUAAUCCUCUGCUCCAGCAUGGGGUGGGAGAGGAUCCACCGGGGCGCAGGAUGUCCUUACGGGGCAUGGGGUGCUCCAAGAAGUUUCCUCCCCUGACGGUAAAGCCUAGCAGGGGAGGGAAGAAAGCCAGAGGGAGGGGGGCGAGGGGAGCAAGGGGUCAGAGAUGGAGUGAAAGAGGGAUUGAGCAAGGACCUGAGGAGUCUGACCCUGGUAGUAUAGACCCUAGUAUGAUUGACCAAGAGAAGGAGGUAGUCAGCCAUGAUAGUGAGGGCCAACAUCUUAACCUAAGGACUGAACUUGAAGACCCUUCCUGUGUUGACCAGCAGGAACCAGGAGUCGGCCAUGAAUGUGAGGGAAAACCUCUUAACCUGAGGACUGAACUUGAUGACACUUCCUGUGUUGACCAGCAGGAACCAGGAGUCAGCCAUGAUAGUGAGGGCAAACCUAACCAGAGGACUGAACUUGAUGACCAUUCCUGCAUUGACCAGCAGGAGCCAGGAGUUGGCCAUGAUGGUGAGGGCAAACCUCUUAACCUGAGAACUGAUGACUCAGCUAGUGAUGACAAACAUGAAGAGUUAGUUGCCCAUAAUGGUGACGCGGUUGGUACUGACCCACACAAUAAGCCUUUCAGCCAUAGUGGUGAGGGCAAACACUCUGAGCUCAAUGACCCCAUCAGUGUUGACCAACAACAGGAAAAGCUAGUCAAUAAUAUUAGUGAGGGCAAUUCAGCGCAAUUCUACCAGAGCCAUGAGCUUGGUGACUCUACCAGUGAUGAGAGGCAGGAAGUGUCAGUCGUCCCUAAAGGUGAAGACAAAGCCAAGAUUAACCUUGGAGCUGAGCAGAUUGAGAUCGAGCAGAGAGAGAGAGAGGGGAGAGGAGGGGAGAGGUUGGAGAAGGACGGAAAGGAAGCAGUAGAGGAGGAAGCAGUGGAGGAAGGAGAGAAGACUGAUGAAGAAAAUAAGAAAGCAGAGGGGGAGGAGAGAGUGGAGAUAGUCAAGGUGAAGGAGACCAAGGAAAGAGAGGAGAAAGACGAGAGACUGGAGAAGAGAGAGUUUAUCAGCAGACCUCCAGACACAAGCUCCAGUAUUUCUGUAUCUCAGCCCCAAAAGCCACCUCUGCAGGAUGAUGUGUUGAUGAUGCAAUCACCUGUCCAUCCCCCAUCCGUCGCUGAACCAGCUACCUCAGACCUGGUGUCACCCCCUCUCCCUCAUCCUCACCCGACCUUUACACUUCACCCCACAAUGUCACAUGACAUUAAGGUUCUGAACCAAGGUGCAAAACUAAUCCAACCUACCCAAACUGUUGAAAUGCAUAAACCUUUAAAAGUCCCAACUACUUUCCAUGAGACAUCACAGACGACCUCAGUGCACCCAGUAUCACUAAGUCUCUCAGUUGCCUUCCUUAGUGAACCCCACAAGUCUCUAUGUGUAAUCCCAGCGAACCCAGCACCCGGUCAGAGCCCAGAGAGCCCUGUCUCUCCAGAGGCUAGACAACUUCUCAGACCAGUGGACAAAGAGACCAAAGAGUCAUCCAAUCACCUCAAUGUAAAAUUAUCUUCAUCAUCUGCAUCAUCAUCGUCAGACCUGUACACCAACGCGGAGGUCCCCAUCACUGUGUCUGUACCUGACCUGGGUCCAUUGUCAAACAACCACAACAAUUACCCAGAAGAACCACCAUCAUCAUCAUCACUCCCAUACACAAAGAAAGACGUCUUCACCACUGGGUCUGAACCAGACAAAGACAUUGUAUCUGUCUCUGAUUGUGACCUGGGUUCUGGUCCAAUGACUCACAACAAGUACAACCAAGAUGAGCCACAACCAUCACUCCCAAACACAGACACAAGGUCUGAACCAAACACGGGGUCUGAACCAAACACAGAUAUUGCAUCUGUCUCUGUAUCUGAUCUGGGUUCAGUGCCAAAGACCUCCUGCAUCCCUAACCAGGAGAGUUCUAGCUCCAAGUUCUCAUUCUCCUUCUCCUGCAGCUCUGAGAGCACCCAAUCCUCCUACUCCUUCGACACUGAGUCAGAGACUGGAUAUGGGGAACUUAGCCCCCCUGGACACCCUAGCCUGGACCUGGGACACCUGGAAGGGGUCACAUCUCUGCCCCGAACCCCACGGAUCAUCCAGAGGAGGGAGAGGAAGAAGAGGAGUAGGUGUGGAGGGUGUGAGCCGUGCCUAAGGAAGAUCAACUGUGGCCAGUGUAGCUGCUGUCUGAACCGCAGGACUGGACACCAGAUCUGUAAACUGAGGAAGUGUAUGGAGCUGAGGAAGAGGAGGCCAAUGUCAAUGCUCACACUAACAUCUACUCAGGUGGGGUGCAAGGACGUGGCCAAACCAGCAUUAAAGAAACCAGUUUCCACGGUGGUUCCAGAGGACAGCUCAGUUAAUGGAAGAGGCCCUGUCCAGAUGACAGAGGACACCUAUACGGCAGCGGAGGACGAGGAGGAGGGUCACAUACCUCACACACACCCUCCCCACGUCCGAGAUGGACGACCAGCAGCACUUAUCAAGAGAGAGCCUGGCCUGGAGGACACCAAUGAUGGACUUCUUCUACAGCACCACUGCUCUUCUUCUGGGACUUUUCACAACGGUGCUAAUGAAAAGAUGGUUAAAACCAACGGUGCUAAUGAAAAGAUGGCUAAAACCAACGGUGCUAAUGAAAAGAUGGCUAAAACCAACGGUGCUAACGAAAACAUGGCUAAAACCAACGGUGCUCAACUGAUUGCUGGUCCGGAAUCACAUCAGUUGUCACCUGAGUCCCAAAAUACCACAAUACAAUUAGAGUCCCAAAGUACUACAAAAUCUACAUACCCCAAAGGCAGCUCUGAGCUGAAGGAUGCACUUCUGGACGACAGCAUAGCUGUUCCUCUGAAGAGGAUAAAGGUGGAGGAACCGUGGGUGUGGUCCAUGGACCAGUCCUCCGCCCCACUAGGGGGCGAUGAUGACGAUGUCUAUGAGGACGCUCUGUCCACGCUAGCAGCCGUGGUGUGUUUCUCUAUCACAGACAGGAAGGGUCUGGAGGAGAAGUUGUGUAGCUCCCGAUCCCCGGUGCUACGCUCGUUCAAAACAGAGCCGGAGGACUUUAAGGUGGAUAUUUGCUUGAAAAGUGCUCCCAUCAGUCCACGAAAAGCUCUCGACAUUAUUGUCAAACGAGAGCAACCCUCUCCAGAUCUCUCUCAGCCAAGCAUCCAGUCUUUGGUAGAAGAGAGGAAUAUUAGCAAUGACCAGGCUAUCGCUAUCGAGGCGCUAACCUUACUGGCAGCUAUCCCACAAAACUCCCCAGAACCCUUUAGAACCAACGCACAGGGUGAAAACCCCACCACACCAUCCAUGCACUUAUCCAAUAGAAACACCCCUCUCCAGGGCUCCAACAAAGUUCUAGUGAUCAACUCCCCUCUGCACCAGACCUCAGUCAUACGUUCCCCUCUGCACCAGACCUCAGUCAUACGCUCCCCAGUGGCCAGACAAGCUCAUGUCAUCCAGUGUCAUUCCCGUAGCCCCGCAGCCACUGGCAACCUGUCCCUACAGGACCUGCUAGAAGCCAGCUCGGACUGUGACAGACUUCCCUACGACAGCACCGAGAGAGCAGGACAACACCUGUACAGGAGAGCAGACCAAGGCCUUGGUUCUCAACAUAACAGGGGCGAAGGCACUUUCAGACAGCGGAAAGACAUGGAGAGGAACAGCAAGGAAACAAUAGAGAGGACGGUGAGUAAGAGCGGGAGGAACAGGGAUGAGGAAGAGGUGGCGGCUCAACUUGCCGAGUUGGCGUUCAUCAUUCAAUCACGUCACAAGCAGCAGGGUUUCCACCCCUCCCAGCACUCAGAGAACAACCCUCCCAGAGGAACUCCAGUCUCAGCCAUCAAGUACAACUACAACUCGGAACAAGCACCACCCAACCACAAGAAGACCCCUGUGAAGAAACCCAGGACCACACUUUCUAAACCUAGGAAGAAGAAGGGAACGGAGGGGCUGGAAGAGGAGGGCUGCAAACCCAACAACCGUACCCCCCUGUACAAACGAAUACCCAACGGCAAGACCCCCCACAGAGCCAGGGUCCAGAAGGUUCUGCCCCAGCCGAAGACAUCAUCGCUCAGCCACAAGAGGAGCCUGUUCCUGCCUCAGGCCCAGAUGGAUCUGAAGAGGUACCUGACUGAGGCUCAGGAGGAACGACGACAGCUCUUUUACUACAGUAACGCCCACAGUGGGGUCAAAUACCACAAAACCUCUGGAGCCGUCGAUCGUGGUCGAAGUCAAGGUUAUGGUCAUGACAACCAACAGUGGUCGCAUUUCAACGGUCACCUGGACCCUUUACAAGGACAAGGAGUUGGACAAGGACAUGAUUGUGAAAGAGGAUUGUAUUCUCAGGUAUCGCAGCCCUACGUUGGGCAGCAGCACGGUGCUAACCUAAAGGCUAGCUCCACUAUCCCCAGUUUCACCAGCAUAGACUCUAACAACCACAGAACCGGGUUGAACCAUGGUUUAUCCAAUGGCUACUCCUCUGGGGGUCAACAGCAGGGGUAUUACAAAGUGGAGAGGUCCGGUCCGGUCACCGUCUUGUCCACGUCAGCUAACGGCGAUUUGGAUCUAUCGGAGGAGUCGACACCCACCAAACACAACGUGAACAGCUUCCUGGAAUCGCCCCUCAGGUUCCUGGACACGCCCACUAAGAAUCUGCUUAACACCCCCUCCAAGAAACUCUCUGAGAUCCCCUCCUGUGGAUGCAUGAAGCAAAUCAUAGAGAAGGAGGAGGGUCCAUAUUAUACUCACCUUGGUGCUGGACCCAGUGUGUCAGCCGUCAGAGAGAUGAUGGAGAACAGGUAUGGAGAGAAAGGGAAGGCGGUAAGGGUGGAGGUGGUGGUGUAUACUGGGAAAGAAGGACGCAGUUCCCAGGGCUGUCCCAUCGCCAAGUGGGUGAUCCGUCGGGGCAGUGAGGAGGAGAAGCUGCUGUGUCUGGUGAGACACCGGGCAGGGCACCGCUGUGAGAGUGCCGUGGUGGUGAUUCUCAUCUUGGCAUGGGAGGGCAUCCCCCGGGGCGUGGCAGACAGUCUGUACCAGGAGCUCACCCAGACUCUCUGUAAAUACGGCUCCCCCACCAGCCGGCGCUGUGCACUCAACGAGGAUCGGACGUGUGCUUGCCAGGGUGUGGACCCGAACACCUGCGGCGCUUCCUUCUCCUUUGGCUGCUCCUGGAGUAUGUACUUCAACGGCUGCAAGUUCGCCCGCAGCAAGAUCCCCCGCAAGUUCCGCCUGCUGGGAGACAUGCCGCAGGAGGAGGUGAAACUGGAGCAUCGUCUGCAGAACCUGGCCACAGACCUGGGUCCUGUCUACCAGAGACUGGCCCCGGAGGCCUUCCAAAACCAGGUGGAUCUGGAGCAGGCGGGCCAGGACUGCAGGCUGGGUCGGAGGGCGGGCCGACCUUUCUCCGGGGUCACGGCUUGUGUGGAUUUCUGCGCCCACGCUCACAAAGACACACAGAACAUGAACAACGGCAGCACUGUGGUUUGCACUUUAACCAAGGAGGACAACCGUGCGGUGCGUAACAUCCCUGAGGAUGAACAGCUCCACGUCCUACCCCUCUAUAAGAUCUCACAGAGGGAUGAGUUUGGCCGUGCCGAUGGCCAGUGGGACAAGAUCCAGACUGGGGCCCUGCAGGUGCUGUCAGCCUUCCCCAGAGAGGUGCGUCUGCUGGCUGAGCCGGUGAAAUCAGCCCGUAAGAGGAAGCAGGAGGCCAAGCUGAAGGCCCAGGCUGACAAACAGGCUGCAGCUCAGGACAGGAAGCCUGGACAGAGUCCACUAACCCCGGGCAAGGUCAAGACCGAGAGCACCAACAAAGGUUCCAAAAGCACUUCCUCAGUUGAUCAGUCCUCCUCAUUCAAAGCAGAGCCUCAGUCCUUCUACAGCUCUUUCACACCAGGAAGUGUGGGUGCCUAUGCUCCAGAGUCUAACUCCCCUAGCCCUUACCACCACAGCACUCCCACCUACCCCACUCCUCCAGGAAGAUCCACCCCGGGGAUGGAGGCUCUUUCCCCCCAUCGUCCCGGCAUGCCUUCCACCCAGUACGGAUACAGAGGGCCACCAGGGGCCCAGUGCAAUGGAUCCCCCCUCCAUUACAAGACAAUGGGAGAGGAUGUAAAUGGUUACUCCCCAGGACUCAUCAGAAAGCAGCUGGCGAACACUGAGAGAUGUGGGACACCUGGCGACUACCCCCCCAGGACGUUUAAAAUGGAACCCAACGAGGUGCACUGCUCCCCUCUUGUCAGACCCCCCCACAGCCACAGUACUCCUCCUCCAUCCUCCUCCUCCUUCUCCGCCCCCCUCCCCCACCCAGAGGGCCUCCACAGCAGACUCAACGGGCUCCCCGGGGUGGCGGAGGAGAUCGGGGAUGGGGUUAAAGGUCAUGGAGGUCAUGACCUCCCCCACUGUGCCACUCAUUUCCCCCUUCAGGCCCCUCCCCCUCUCUUCCCCAACCCGGAAGAGGUCAAACAGGAACAGGAAGAGGUGUGGUCAGACAGCGAGCACAACUUCCUGGACAGUGACAUUGGCGGGGUGGCGGUGGCUCCCUCCCACGGUUCCAUUCUGAUUGAGUGCGCACGCAGAGAGCUCCAUGCCACCACCCCCAUCCUCCGACCCGACCGCAGCCACCCCACCCGCAUCUCCCUGGUCUUCUACCAGCACAAAUCCCUCAACGAGCCUGACCAUGGCCUGCACAUGUGGGAGGCAAAGAUGGCCCGGAGGGAGCGGGAGAGGGAGGAGGAGGCUGAGAGGAUAGGGAUGGGCCUGGACCUGGAAGAGGUUAGCCCGGUCAAGGGGAAGGGGAAGAGGGGGAAGGGGGCCGGGGCUGAGAGUGUGGAGCCUGAGGAGGAGGUAGAAGAGGAGGGCCCGGAGGAGAAGAAAGGGGUGUUGAAGGUUCCUACCCGGCAGGCGGUGACCGUAGCGCGGGAUGGGGUGGUCACUGUGUCCCCUUAUGCUCUGACACAGGUCACAGGCCCUUACAACCGCUGGACAUGAUACUGUUAUGUACACACACGUACACAGGCACACAUUCACUCACAGACACAUACAGCGAUUACAUUUUAACACACACACCACCCUGUGCUACUGCCUUACCUCAAUCAACUUUACACUUCUAAUCUCCUUUUUCUGUGUUAUUUCAUUGUGUUACUUUUUCCAAACGUAUGUCUGUUUAUUUUUGUUUCUCUUCGUCUCUGCUUUCAAAGUGAUGAGGAAGAAUAUCGUUUGUGGGUUUUUAACUGUGACUUUUAGUGUUUGAUUUUUGGGGUCUGGUUUUUUCAUGUAAAGAGAUGGUGCUCAGAACCAAUUUUAAAUGUGUUUUUAAACUGGUUUUAAAUACAACUUGAUUAAUAAGAACAAACAAGAUGUGAUUAUUUAUUCUGACCAUUUUUCAAAAACUAUUUUUUUAUUUUAUUUCUUGAUGCAAGCCUGUUUACUGCAAUGUUGCUGUCAUCCAGCAUUUUACACUAGUAAACACUCAUGUCAAGUCUCUAUGGUCUUUGUUUCAGCCAAGAGUGCUCUUUUCACAAAAGGAGUUUUAUCAAUGAUUGAUCAUGUAUUGGUGCCAUCUGUAGCAGCAACUUUCGAUAAACACACCACAUAUUACACAGUAUGUAAGACUAGACUACACACAUUUACUCUAGUUUUAUGUGAAAAAAAUGUUCCCAUGUAGCAUGGUGCUUUUCCUUCUCUUCCUGUUCCUCUAUUGGUGGUCAUGAAGGAACUUUACUACCUUGUGUUGGGCUGGAUCGUUUUAGUCUUUUUGUUAAACGUACAGAUGAUGACAUAUUGAAAAAGCACUUUUUGAUUUUUCAUAACUUGAAAAAGGUCCCGUUCCAAUAUGUACAGAUAGAGAGAUAUAUCCGACAGCUUGUUUGAAACCUGUUCGUUUUUUUGUUGUAGAAUGAUUUUAUUCAACUAUGAAUUUGUAACAUUAUAAAUUGCAUAUCAGUCUCACAAAAAAAACUGGCUUACUAAGCAAUUAUGAAAUGCUGCAUAUAAAGAUUGUGUCAGAUUAUGGUGCUUGUUUUCAACUACACUUAAUUUUUAUGUAUCUGGAUAACUAUGUACAGUACGUUCACUGAAGACCUGGGUUCAAAUACAUGUGUAUUUGAGUAUCUGGUAUUUAAAAUGCUUUUUUCUAUGUAUUUGAGUAUUUUCAAAAUACACAGCCCAAAAUAAGUACUUUUAUUUGAAUAUUUUAAUGGUUGAUUGUAAAAAACAAAUUGAUAGUAUUUUCAAAUACUUAUGUAAAAUACUAUGUUCAAAUACCUGGGUUAAAUGCAUGGGAAUGUAUUUGCAUCAGUGUAUUUGAGUAUUUUCAAAUACUUUCCGAAUUUCCAGAUGCAACUACUUGUCUUUUUAAAUAAUUACUUUGAAUGUAUGGGAAAGUAAUUGAGAUAUUUGAAAUAGUAUUUUAACCCAGGUCUGGUUCACUGUCUGAACUUCCAGAGUGUUUUAAAUAGGACUUGUCUGUUUUUGAUACAGACACAGCUGAAAAGACCACAUAAAACCUGUUCAGAAAUGGUGACUAUAUUACUGUAUGUUUCUUACAGGCGCUGACAGCAUUUCUAUCCUCUCUUUUUAACUGACUAGGGCAUUGAUUGGCACUUAUGUUUGUCCAUAUACUGGGUAUAAAUACAUUAUACAAGUGGAGAGAAAACCAACCAAAUCCUUUGUUGUUUCUCAUUGCCUCGUCUUUACUCUUUGGGUGAAGCUGCUCUGACAGAAUAAAACACUCCUCAGAUCAUUUCAGCUGCUGUAACAGGGUUGAAAUGUUGUUAAAAACGUUGUUUACACACCAUUUACAUAACUGUUUCACAUGAUGUCUGAAUGUGGCAUACAGGGUUGGGGUUAACUCGUGUCAUUUCAGAAAAGAACGGUAAUAUUCAGAGAGAAUUUUCCAAUUCAACCUUAUUCAUUCAAAUUCAUUUGAAAAACCUGGAUAGAAGGCUUUUGAAAUAGAAUCAACCUCAAUGCUUGUGGCAUACCGUUUCAGGGUCAAAAUGUAGUUACUUUCUGAUGGUGCUAACUCGUCAAAAUGUGAUGCUGCACUGACAAAGCCUGUGUUUAUUCUAGGGGUGAUGUUAUGAUGCUUUUUGCAUGACUAGCAUUUGCUGUUUCCCUUCUGGAUGGGCAUGCCAUAUCCUUGUGCUCUACCGUCUCUGUCCUGAAUGCAUUAUGUACUACAGUACUUCAAUCUUGUCACUGGUCAACUUGAGCAGAGUUACAGAGUAGCAUCAAUUCUCUGCAUCUUUUCAUCAUAAGUUCUAGGUCUAUCACGUAUUGAGUCAGACAGUAGACCUCUGCAGUAUACAGUAUAAACCUGCUUUAAUAGGGGGCAAACAUGUAGGGUAUUCAUCAAUGCUCACAUUAGUCCAUCAUAACCAUGUAAAUAUGGGCCCAUUCACUAAUACUGCAAUUGAUUAGGCAUCUGUUGUAUUGAUCUGUCUCCGUAUAUGCUGGCUCUAAUGCAGCUCAAUGCAGAUAAAGCACAUUUCACUGGUGCUUUCAUUUCAGUAAUACACAGAUCUGGAUAAUGUUUUUUUUAUGUCUGUUUUUCUCUUUGUUUCUCAGGUGUGAGGUUGUUCAUUUACCCAGGCUUCAACCCAACUAGGGCACACACAGUCUCAUAACACAACUCUCUUUCUUCCAAUAAUGUUGUCAACAGAUUGACAAAGUCAAACCAUAUACUUAGAUUUUUCCUCUGAGAUAAAUGUUGACACAUAGAUUGAAUGCAUUUUAUACAAAGUAGCUGCAGUACAUAUAUAGUCUAUUACAUUAUAUUGAAUGUAGGCCGUUGCAAGUUAAUAAUGUGGUAGAAAACAGUCACUUUAAAAUGUUUCCAGCUUUACAUAAGACAGUUUGUAAGAUAAUAAACUUUUGUAAUUGUUUCACUUGAAGAUUUCUUGGUUCUACCAUUAUGUGUGACUUGAAAACUGUGGUAACCUACAUGUACAUCAAGGAGGAAAAACUAGCACCAGCAUUUUAAAACUCAAAGGUUUUUAUUGGAAUAAAACUGUAUAAAAUACACAUUUCAUGUGGAACUGACAGUUUUACUGUACUAUUCAUGGUUUGUAGAUAACAGUCUUGUUAUUUUGCAACUGAUUGACAAAAUGACUGUACAUAAUAACUAAGGUGUAUAUCAGUUUGACAGAUUUGAGAAAAUACUAAAUUCAGCAUUCCUGUCAAUGGCUACCCCCUGGUGAAAUAAAGAUGUAUUUAUAUUUUGGA